AUGGCUUAUACGGCUCCAGCAGUGGUAAUAGACAAUGGGUCAUACACAACUAAAGCAGGAUUUGCUCUGGAUGAUCUACCUUCACUCGUUUUCAACUCAAAUUACAUAGUCGACCAAUCCACCAACCAGGUGAUUGUAGGAGAUGAUGAGAUGGAGCAGUAUUCCCAGAACCAGGUAUCUACAUUACUAGAAGAUGGAUUGAUUUACAAUUUUGACAAUAUCGCUCAUAACUGGCGAUACGUGUAUAACAACAUUGACAACCACAACGCAAUAAACUCCAAUGAAUUUCCCUUGGUAAUGACAGAACAGUCAUGGAAUACCAUGAAGUCAAAGGUGAAAACGUGUCAGAUUGUAUUUGAGGAGUUUGAGGUCCCUUUGUUUAGUCUUGUUAAAAACCCGUUGAGCCAAUUGUACCGAUGCGGCAAAUCGACUGGGUUGGUCAUUGACGUGGGGUCUAGUGUUGCUAGCGUUACACCUAUUUUGGACGGAGUAAUACAAAGCAAAUCCUCGUUUCAUUCGAAAUUCGCCGGUGACUUUCUCAACUUGCACAUUUUAAACUAUUUGGAAGGAAAAGUGCAAUCUGUUGAUGAACUAUUGCCCGCUUCUUAUAGAACUGCGUCGGGAUCAUUCAAGUCGUACUACAUGUCAUCCCACGUCUUGCAGGAGUAUAAAAACCUAUCUUUAAACUAUCAGGUAUCCAAUCUUGAAAUUUACAACCACAAAUUCUUGGACGUUAGCGAUCAACGAAACUAUUUAGAAAAUUUGUUUGAUCCAACUUUAAACAAGUUGCCAAACUUGACAUUACCCGAGCCAUCACUUGAUUUACCUGCUUCCCAAGGCUUAACUAAUUUGGUAUUUUUAGCCAUCAGAAAUCUCGAAUCUUCUUUAUUACCAAGCAAUGACGAUCCUAGUGCGCAAUCGCAAAAUCGGUUCGCUAGAUUUAUGGAGAUCUUCAAACAAUUGUUAUCCAAUGUUUUAAUAACUGGUGGUACAUCGUUGGCAAGUGAGUUGCCCGACCAUAUAAUAAAUGACCUCAAGGCAUUGAUGCAAAAGUGUUUCCCCAAUUACCCCUUUUCAUACCAUGUUCAACAAAUUAGACCCACGCAAAACAACGACAAUGCCGAUAUUUGGGAUAGACAAUUUGGAAGUUGGUUGGGUGCUUGCAAUUUGGCAGGCAUGUUGAACGAGAACGAAGAGAACUCAAGCAGUGCAAAGAUUGCUUUGGACAAUUGGUUUAUUUCCAAGGCUGAUUACGAAGAGUUGGGAGAGGAUUUGAUACUUGAAAAGUUCAAGUAG